GUCCUCAGUCCGCGCCGAACUGGUCCCCAGGCAGCUGAGAUGUCAGAACAUCUGAUGUUAGCUUGUUUCGGAUCGAGUGUGAGUCACCGGGAAUAACAGAAACACGCAGAACACCGCAGAAUUGAGCCAGAGGAAGCUGAGCAGCGACUCGUUGUGAUUUACAGACAUGGGGGCUCUGAUAUCCCGCUGGAAGGCAAAGCCGACCACAGUGGAGCAGCUUGAGAGCAUAGACAAGGAGAUAAAAGACCUGGAGGAGUUUAGAGCCAAAAACCAACGGCUGCAAAAGCUGUGGAUCGGCCGGCUGGUUUUCUACUCGUCAGUCCUCUACCUGUUUACCUCUCUGGUUGUUUACCUCCUCUACCUGCCUGAACAAUGGCUGCAGAGACUGGCCAUGGCCCUUCCCUUCUUCUUAUACCCUGUGCUAGUGUGGCUCAUCAGGAAAUUAUUGAUUUUCCUCUUUUGCAAACGCACUGAGAGAAACAAUGAUAAACUAGAAGACCUAAAGGUUUCCAAGAAAAAGAUUCUCGAGGACGUGAUGGAAACUGAGACGUAUAAAAAUGCCAAAGUCAUCCUGGAGCGCUUUGAUCCCGAAGCGAAGAGGAAGGCUGAGCUGGAGUCUACCCCAGUGCGUCCGCAGAUGACUCCCAGGCCAGGACAAGAGAUUCGACAAAGAGGCGUGGCAAUGAGACCCAUGCCAAUGGGUACCCCAGGUCUCAUGGCGAUGACGCCCCCACCCGGAGCACGGCCCCCAUUGGGACCAGGGGGCACACCUGUAGCUCCAGGAGGACCACCAGAGAGAUCUGCUUUGUCUGGCUCAGUCCUGCAUGGGGCGCUACCAAGGACACCCUGCUCUCCAAUACCGGGUGUAGGCAUGCACCCUCCAGGUCCUCCAUUAGCCCGACCGGUUCUACCCAGAGACAGAGGAGCUGUGGAUCGAGUCAUCGAGUACCUGGUGGGGGACGGACCACAGAACAGAUACGCAUUGAUCUGCCAGCAGUGUUUCUCUCAUAAUGGCAUGGCUCUGAAAGAGGAGUUUGAAUACCUGGCAUUCCGCUGUGUGUAUUGCUACUUCCUGAAUCCGGCCAGGAAGACGCGUCCUCAGGCUCCGCGGCUUCCAGAGUUCAGCUACGAGAGGAAGCUGCGAGCUGAGACACGCUCCCCUGCACCAUCACCUCGUUCUGGGACGGACACAGAGGAGAGUGCGCCCCCCUCUGGAGUCGUUGAGAAAAGAGCCAGCAGAGCUCAUUUCCAGGGCAGCGUUACUGGGAGCACUGGGUUUAACACUGUGAUCUUGCCUCUAGCCAAAGCUCCGGCUCCGUGGAAUCUGGUCCACAGUUUCCAGAUCCAACCGAGUCCAAAGAUCCCUCAGAGCGGACCUCUGCAGAGUCCAGAUGAGAAGGAGAUGGGAGAAGAUGAAGCAUCCACUAAAGAAGAAGUACUGCGUGAGAGCCAAUCACAGGAGGAGCUGCAUCAGGAGGAGGAAGCCGUUCAUGAGGAGGAGGAGGUGGAGGAGGUAGAGGAGAUGGAGGAGAUGGAGGAGGUAGAGACGGUACAGCGGGAAGAGGGGGAAUCAAACCCGUGUCACAGGGCCCCCUGUGAGGCACAAUCUCAGCCAUCAUAGCUGCAGAGAGUCCAGACGAGUACCAGGGCUGUGGGACCCCCUGUGGAGACAAAGGUUGAUUGUAGUUUUUAUCUUAAGGCUGUUUAUCGAUAAAGAAGCUUAGGCUGGUUUCUGGUUUUGCUCAACAUUUGGUUACGAGGUGAUGAACUGAAUUAGUUUUAACAUUCACACAGGAUUUUAUUGUGUUUUAAGUAGUUUGCUGCUUUAAGAUGUGUUAAGAGUUCAGAUAAAACGGCUGCUUCACGAAGGGUCUGUCUUCAGAUGCUCAAAUCUUGUGUCUUUUCACACGGGUCACAUGAGUUGUCUGGAUGGUUUUGUUUGUGCAUUUGAAGACAAACCUUUAGUGUAUCAGAACGUCACUGUUUGUGUUUACACCACUAAGUGUUUAUUUCCACUCAUAGUUUUAGUCUCUUGAGCUUUUAUCCUAAUGCUGAAACACUGAGGAAAACUUUGAUUUAUGCUUGCGUGUGUUUUUCAUGACGUUUGAGCAGCUUGUCUCAGACAGGAAGUAAAUGGCGAUACGAACAAAAACAAACCCCCGUUGGUGCGUUGAAACAAUAUUUGCACUCAGAUGCUUUGCUGCAGUUUUCGGCCAAAAAAAGAUCAGGAGGUAAAACAACACUUACAUCAAGUGAAAGGAGGAAGAGAACCAGAUAAACCAGAGUCUGGUUGUUGUGUUUACAUUCUAUUGCUGGAUUUUAUUGAAGAUCAACGGCAAAUGUUUUUAACUGAACUCAGAUCAGCCCGUGGUGGCAGGAGAGAGGAAAUGAAUCUCGGGUGGAGACGCUUGUACCUCAGGUUUGUCUUCUGAUCGGUCGUUUCCUCGUCCAGGAGAGAGACAUGUCCAAUAUUGAGGUUUGGAAAUGUAAUCAUUAGACUUUGAGUUUAUUCUAAUCGAUUGUUUUUGUAGUGGAUUUUCUUUGCGAUGGGUCCUGAGCUGAAUUAUUACCUCAAGGAUGUAAUUUGGGUUUUUGAGCAACAGCAAAAGAGGUGAAAAACACAUCAAAGUGUCUACUCAGCUGUCGAUUUAUCUACGUCUCAUUAUAAUUUUUGCCAAAUGCACAGCUGUCUUAUAUGAAUUUGACAUAAUUUGCACUGAAUUUCUCUUUGUAUUUAUUUCGGCCGUAUUUAGUUCCGGUUUUGCUCCAAUGUUUGAAACAUGUCACGUUUAUCUAACACAAGUAUUUUGGUAUCGGCCUGGUUGUGGUUGUGUCGCCUCAGGAUGCUAAAGACAAGUGUGUGUGUUGAAAUAUUUAUUCUUUGUGCGUUCAUUAAUUUACGUGUUUUUUAAAUGUGCCAUCCGACUGCUGGUGCCUUGGCUGCUGCUUGUAUAUUCAUUUUCUCACAGUGAAAUCUGUCCAAUGUCAACAUUGAAAUAAGAAGCGUCGAGAACUAGCGACAACAGAUUAUUCUUGUUAUUAACGCAACACAAAAUAUGACUCACUGUCGGGUUCCAACACGGAUCGAAGACUGUGGAGGUGACUCACAUUUUCCUUCUUUUCAUUCCCCGGUUUCUUUUUUGGUCACUUUCGCUUUUCCUCUUCUUCGACGCCUCCGAAAAAAAAAAUGAGUUAAACUUUUUUUCAUAGCUAGCGGCUAACAUGGUGUUUCUUUGAAUAGUUCAAAUGUAAAUAUGUUGUAUCUCCUGUGUCCUCUCGUCCCAGAAACGCAGGUUUAACAAGCAAAAUAUUUUCCACUUACAAGUUCCCUUGAGUGUGUUUCUCAUUAGUUGUUGAUCUCAGCAAACCCUGAAUUAUUUGAGCUCAACUUUGCUGGGACGGUUUGUACGAGCAGCAGAAGGUUUGAGUCUAGAGGAGAGACGAUGGACUGAGGCUCAUCCGUCCCCACAGCUGGACAUUUAGUCUCCUCCUCAUUAUGUCCCUGCACGAAGCAGCUGAUGUUUCCUGAAGCUGUUGCAUCGCGGUGUGCCUGUCCCACGUUACUGAUUUGUGUUUAACUGGUACUUCUCUGCCAAUGCUGGUUGUCAAGUAUACGCAUGGCACGUCUAAUAAAGUUUUUUAAGCAACUAAAGAA